CCUACGUCAUCAAAUAUGUCUGCUACAUUUUCGUUACGACGAUUCUCUGUAUUUUUGCGGAAUUCAAGACAAAAUAAAUAUAUCUGGAGUACUUGUUCUUGCCAGAAAUAUUCGCAAAGCACUCAUGAAAACUCAACAGUUUAUGAUGUUGUCAUUGUGGGAGGGGGCAUUGUUGGCAUGGCAACAGCCAGAGAGCUCAUCAUGAGACACCCAUCUCUCACAUUUGCAGUGGUUGAGAAGGAGAACAGGCUAGCUGCCCACCAGAGCGGUCACAACAGUGGGGUGAUACAUGCAGGCAUAUAUUACACUCCGGGGUCACUGAAGGCUAAACUUUGUGUGAAGGGUCUCGAUAUGCUGUACAAGUACUGUGAUGAAAACAGCGUGCCUUACAAGAAAUGUGGCAAGCUGAUAGUGGCAACUCAUCCUGAAGAGAUUCCUCGUCUUGACGGGCUGUACCAGCGGGGGAUAGAGAACGGAGUCAGAGACCUGCGUGUUAUUGGCCCAGACAAAAUAAAAGACAUUGAACCUAACUGUGUGGGUUUGAAGGCAGUCCAUUCUCCGCACACUGGCAUCAUAGACUAUGCCGUGGUGACUGAUUCCUACGGGAAAUUUUUCACAGAGAGGGGAGGGAAAGUGUUCACCAAUUUCCCUGUCUCAAAACUAACAGGCACUCCGGAGGGACAGACUGGGGAUUUAGACGGAAACAAGUACCCUCUUACUGUGAUAGGAGAUUCUAGCAAGAACCAAGUAUUACGUUGCAAGUAUGUCGUGACAUGUGGAGGCUUGCAGUCUGACCGUAUAGCAGAGAUGUCUGGAUGUAGUCGAGAGCCGAGGGUCGUGCCAUUUCGAGGAGAUUAUCUCUUACUCAAGCCAGAAAAAAACGAUAUGGUCAAUGGGAAUAUUUAUCCUGUCCCUAAUCCUGCUUUACCAUUCCUGGGCGUCCAUUUUACGCCUCGUAUGGAUGGGAGUGUAUGGCUCGGACCAACUGCUGUGCUGGCGUUUAAACGAGAGGGCUAUAAUCUUCUAGACUUCAACAUCAGUGAUACUUUUGAUGCCCUCCGAUACAGUGGAACCCGCAAGCUUGCCAUAAAGCAUCUGAGGUUUGGCCUGAGUGAGAUGUGGCGAGCUUUCUUUAUGUCAGCCCAGGUGAAACAACUACAGAGGUUUAUACCGACACUUAGCAGGGCUGAUGUCAUAAGAGGGCCUGCUGGUGUGAGAGCCCAGGCUCUGGGCCAUGAUGGAUCCCUUGUGGACGAUUUUGUGUUCGACACCGGCGAUGGAGAGAUUGGCAGCCGAAUCCUCCACAUUCGCAACUCCCCGUCUCCCGCAGCAACGUCGUCACUCGCAAUCGCUGAUAUGGUAGCGGAUAAAAUUGACACCACAUUCCAUUUGUAGCAUUGAUGAUUUCUGUCUGUCUCUCAAAGUUGUUGUUAUAUGAUUCUGUAUGAUUUAAUGGUGCUAAUAAUGAACUAUUCUAUUGACAUUGAAAUUUGGGAUGAAUUAGGAUGUUAUUAUGUAUUCAAGAAGGGUGGGGUAUUUUAUCUAUUGCAUUUGAUAAUCUUGUUUUAAUCCCACGAAUUAUAGUUUGGGCUUUAUGGGUGACACUUGUUGUCCCCUGGUCUGUUAUUUAUGUAGCUUUGUAAUACAUAAAGAUUUUGGAAUACCUGAGGAUGUAUUCAUAUUGUACACAAAUUUGAAAUAAACAGGGUUUUAUGGGAUUAAGCAGCAUUUUUUUACAAUUAAGUUAAGUUUACAUGUUGACUUUGUAACCUGGAAUUAUAUGAAAUCCAAAUAAAAUAUAAUAUGCAUUUGAACUGUGAUAUAACAACAUGUUGGCGUAGGAAUGGUAUUUUAAGAAUUUUAGGCAAGUGUUAUGGUUAAAUCGGUAACAUGGUUUUGUACAUUUUGUUAAUUUAAGUCUUGGUAUGAUUUUAUUGGAUUGUUUGAAAUGUAGUAUAGAAAGAAAAUCAAAAUUAUUGCAAUAUCUAUGUAAAGUACACAAUUAUAUAUAUAUAUAACAACUAUAGCAAAAAAAGAAACUGUGUCUGAAUUGAAAUAUGACUAAACAUGCUCAAGAGAUAUUCGUGAUUCCAUGUUGUGAAUCUAAUCAAACUAAUAUUUCAGUGCAAGUCUUGUGCAGACUAAUAUGCUCUGCUCAAAUAUGACAAUUUUCAUAGAUAAAUUAUCUGGAAAAUUGGCCAAUUCUUGAGCAGUAAUUUGUGUGCCUUAUACCGCUAGUAUAUAUGUACAUGUCCUACAUUAAUACUUAUAGUACUAUAUUUACAGAUCUCAGUUUAUUGUUUUUAUUGUUUCAUGAUUUUUGUUUCUGUUUCUAGAGAAAUUGGUCCAUAAAAGAUAUACAUUCACGUGUAUUACCUGGAGUUUAAAGCAUUAAUUUUGUAUGCAGUCAUACAUAUGAAUCAAUUACUAAAGGUGUUUUAAAAUAAACAUGUUUACCAUAAGACUGCUUGUUUACCGUAGGUUAACAAACUCAUAUUGUGUGUAAAUAUGAAUACCCGCCCUCUUAGGCCCCAAAUUAGCCAAAAUUUCUUAUUUCAUUUCUCCAAAUUAGUUUCUUGUAUAUGUGAUUUAUUAUUAUGUGCUUACUGUAUUUCUGCCCUUUUCAUUUCUCAAAAGGCCAUAAGAAAACUAGACCAUUUGGACUGGGUUAUGAUAGCUGGGUUACAUUGAGUGAUGCUGCCAUAUAAGACUGCCUUCCACUAUGACUAUAAGUUCUGUUGCAUUAACAGCUAUAUUCUGAUCUCCAUAUUGAAAAAGUUACAGUGUGUUUACCGUAGUUAAUGUUUGGAGAAAUCUUUUUUAUCACUCUUACUUCUCAGUAAAAAAUAUUGUAAUGACAAGCCAAAGAUUUAUUAGCUCCACUGGCCGAAGGCCAUGGAGCUUAUGUCGUCACAGAUUGUCCGUCGUGAGUGCGUGCGUGCGUGCGUGCGUGCGUGCGUGCGUGCGUGCGUGCGUAAACUUUUACUUUAAACGACAUCUCCUCUGAAACUGAUAAGCGGAUUUUGACAAAACUUCACAGGAAUGUUCCUUUGGUGGUCCUUUACCAAAAUUGCUCAAAUGGUUCUGGUCCAUUGCACAAUAUGGCCGCCAGAGCUAAAAAUAGCAAAAUCUUUAAACGACAUCUCCUCUGAAACGGUUCGGCAGAUUUUGAUGAAACUUGACAGUAAUGUUCCUUGGGUGGUCCUUUAUUAAAAUUGCUCAAAUGGUUCUGGUCCAUUGCACAAUAUGGCCGCCACAGCUAAAAAUAGCAAAAUCUUUAAACAACAUCUCCUCUGAAACGGAUAGGCAGAUUUUGAUGAAACUUGACAGAAUUGUUCCUUUGGUGGUCCUUAACCAAAAUUGCUCAAAUGGUUCCGGUCCGCUGCACAACAUGGCUGCCAGGGCAAAACAAUAGAAAAACCUUUAAAGAACAUCUUCUCAGAAACCGAUGAUCAGAUUUUGAUGAAACUUAACAGAAAUGUUCCUUGGAUGGUCCUUUAUCAAAUUUGCUUCAAUGGUUUCGGUCCACUGCACAAGAUGGCCCCCAGAGGUAAAAAUAGAAAAACCUUCAAACGACUUCUCCUCAGAAACCGAUGAUCGUAUUGCAAUGAAACUUGACAGAAAUGUUACUUGGGUAGUCCUUAACCAAAAUAGCCCAAACAGUUCUGGUCUGGUGCACAACAUGGGCACCAGAGCUAAGAAUAGAAAAAAACGUUAAACUACAUCUUCUCAGAAACCGAUUAUCAGAUUUUGAUGAAACUUUACAUAAAUGUUCAUCGGGAUGCCCUUUAACCAAAAUUGCCCAAAUGGUUCCGGUCCGCUGCACAACAUGGCUGCGAGAGUUAAAAAUAGAAAAACCUUUAAGGACUUCUCGUCCGCAGUCUUCACGAAAAACAUUUUAACCUACUAGCCAGUUGGACUAGCAUAAUGGCAUAUUUUACUAGUCCGAAUGACAAUCUAGUAGUCCGACUAUUUUGCCACAUUAUAAAACUGUAUGCUUGAGGUAAAUACCUAUUUCAAUUGAGCAGCUUGCAGUUUGAGUAAACAUUUCUUUAUUAUGAUGCUCAUGCAGUGAUAGGGAGUGACAUCCUUCUGUUGGGAAUAGUGCUCCUUGUUUUUCAGAACCUAUGGGUACUAUGUAAAAACAAAAGGCAUCUUGCUUGAAUAGACUGUAAUAAUAUCAACAUGGUUAGAAAAGAAAUGCCAUGCUUUAAUAGCUUUGAUUACAUUUUACCACUGAAUUACCUCCCUUUAAUAGAAAAAAAAUAAUGUCUUAAUUUUUCACGUAUAGCAUCUUUAAAUAAUUUUUAAACAAUAAUAAUUUAUGAGUAAACAUAUAAGCAUAAAGUUCUCACAAAAAGAUCAAUUUAAAAACCUUACAUUUAUACAUAGGAAAGUAUAUAUAGACUGAACAUUAAUUUUCGUUUAAGUGACAUUCUGAAAGUUUAUGAAACAGCUAUUUUUAGUAACUUAAAUGGCCGAAAAGUGUAAGUGAAACACCAAGUCGAUUCUAUCUCGUCAGUUCUUGUUCAGGUUAGAUAUUUGCUUCAUAAUCUAUUCAGAUUAAAUGUUAACCGAUGAUCAGAUUUUGAUGAAACUUGACAGAAAUGAUCCUUGGGUGGUCAUUAACCAAAAUUUGUUAAAUGGUUCCAGUCCACUGCACACCAUGGCUGCCAGAGCUAAAAAAUAAAAAAAACUUUAUACGACUUGUCGUCGAAACCGAUGACCUUUUUUCGAUAAAACUUGACAGAAAUGUUUGUUUGGUGCUCCUUUACUCAAAUUGCCCAAAUCAUUUCGGUCCACUGCACAACAUGGCAGCCAGAGCUAUUAAAGUAAAAAAAAUAAAUAAAUAACUUCUCCUCAAAAAUUGAUGAUUGUAUUUCUAUGAAACUUGACGAAAAUGUUCGUUAGGUGGUCUUUGCUUGAACCUUUUGGCCAGUGGAGCACAGGCACUGAUGUGCCUCUUGUUUUUAAUUAUAACUUGGUUUUACAUUUUUAACAGCGAAUGUAUUUUUAAUGACAGAGAUGGUCUGUGAUAUUUGGAGAUUCUUUUUAUAUGUUUGUAAUUUUUGACUUUAAGUUAUUUUAUUCCUCAUUGAGCAAAAUAUUUCUCAGCUCUGAUGACCUUAUUUAAGCUUGUUUGCUUUUCAAAGAAAAAAGGCCAUCUAUUGUCAUAGCCUUGUUGUUGUGGUCAGCAAUGGCCAUCUAUUGUCAUAGCCUUGUUGUGGUGGUCAGCAAUGGCCAUCUAUUGUCAUAGCCUUGUUGUUGUGGUCAGCAAUGGCCAUCUAUUGUCAUAGCCUUGUUGUGGUGGUCAGCAAUGGCCAUCUAUUGUCAUAGCCUUGUUGUGGUGGUCAGCAAUGGCCAUCUAUUGUCAUAGCCUUGUUGUUGUGGUCAGCAAUGGCCAUCUAUUGUCAUAGCCUUGUUGUGGUGGUCAGCAAUGGCCAUCUAUUGUCAUAGCCUUGUUGUUGUGGUCAGCAAUGGCCAUCUAUUGUCAUAGCCUUGUUGUGGUGGUCAGCAAUGGCCAUCUAUUGUCAUAGCCUUGUUGUGGUGGUCAGCAAUGGCUGAGUGCAAAAACUUCAACCAUGGCCAAAACUUAUUAACUGUUCCAGCUUGCUUGCUGCAAUAAAAGUUUGGUCACUUAUUUUAAAGUUUGAUUUCUUUUUUGUACACUUAACAAUUAUCAUGCAUUCAAAUGAUGAACACUCCUAUUAAAUGAACACCUCUUGAAUUGCGCAAAAUAGGUGUUCUAGAAGGUAAACUUUAUAUGAACAUUCGUAAGGUGGGUGUAUUCUUAUCUGGAAAAAAUAUAAAUAUCACAUUGAUUUUAGGAAUAUAAGAUAUUAAAAGAACUCUAAGUUCAUUUUUGUAUUUAUUUCAUUGUAUUAUGUGAGUUUAAAAAAAUAAAUGAAUUUCAGUGCUUUGUUUAGUGUUUGUGGUAUAUAAUGGUUAAUUAUACGUUUACUUCUCAGUGUAUGUUAUUAUUAUUUUGGAAGAUAUUUGUUGAAUAAAUAAAAACUCUG